AUGGCCUCGCCCUUCGCCGUGUCCCCCCCGCGCGCGCUCGAUGAAGCGCUCGGGGCGUGGGAGCGCGUCUCGGACGCCGUCGACGACACCGGCGUAGAGCUCGCCGCGGACGCGCAAACGUUGGUGAAAUCGAUCGUUACGUACGCUCGAGACGGACGAUGGCGACGGGAUAAGCGCGUGAGAGCGAGCGCGGAGGCGUGCGCGCGAAGAGCGAGCGCGAAGAGCGAGACGUUCCGGGAGACGCUCGUGCUUGGUGCGUCGAGAGCGGUGACCUCGGGGGCGUUCGGGGACGAUGAAUGUGAAAGCUUAAGUCGAAUGGUGUGCUUGGUGCUGGAGGAGGUGGAGAG